AUGACAACAUACCACAAUGAAGAUAACAUUAUUGGGGGUUUCAUUACCCAUUUUGGCAGGAGGGAGGACUUCAAUCCUCGUCCAAGACGGAUUUUAACUGAAACAGAAACAGAGCUGAUAUCUCAGAAAAGGUUUAAUGAACUGGUUGAGCAACAGAAGAAGGUAGAUGCAGAAAUUGAUGCCCAGUUGUCCCGGCGAGAGGAGGAUUUACGGCUUGAAGAGGAGGUGAUUAAAUGUAGCUGCAUCUUUGGAUGCGAGAUGCGAGAUGUAAUUAAAUCAGGCAUGGAUCUAUGCCUGAGUUUCAACUGUGUUAUGCAAAUCAGUCAGUGUUUUCAGAAUGACUCAGAAACCUUUCUUUUCUUGUUUUUUUUUAGUACUGAACUAGACGUCGAGGACUUUGAUGCAUUCCUGGAAAGAGUAAAAGCAAGAUCUCUUGGAAGCAGUCCUUUUGUUUCCCCAACUGCGACAGUGCCAAAUGGUAAUGUGCCUUGGGAAGAUGCCUUAGCUCAAGGUAUGGAAGCGACAAAGAUAGCUGGAAAGUCACUUGACGCACUACAUGGUUUUUCAUCAUCUGUUGAUCUCGUAUCAGUUAGCGAGAGAUAGUAGUUAAUAGAAAUUUUGUAACAUUAACUUUUGACAUCAUAAGAAAUGUUGGGUAUUCACUAUCAGUACAUCAAGUUUGUCAAAAAUUAAGCUGAUUUGUAGACUCAUUCAACGUCAGUUGUGAACAUUUUCUUGUAACAUUACUGCUGAUGUAAUACAAGACUUUUCUGUACGUGUAUUUUGAUUGAAAAGGAUUUGGUUUAUCUUCAGGUAGGAUCUGUGUCAAAAAUAUUCCUUGAAAGAUGCCAAAUGUGAAUGCUGUUUGCAACUAAAAAUAAUCAUAAAAAAACAAUGUUAAAAUUCUUUACAUUUAUUUAUAAUAACAUUAUUACAAACAUUCAUGGUGCUUUCCAUUCAUUCAAGCUAAAAUUCCAGAAUUUUCCAAACAGGGGUACCUGGUAAUCGGUAAACUAAAGGAAAUUUCCCUGGAAAGUUUCUGGAAAAUCUGAAAGUUGUUGAAUUUCUGAAAUGUAAACCAUUAAACAGAAAAUUCCAGAAACUCCAGAAAGAAAAUCAAAUGGAACAGAAAUUCCUAGUACCGGUAAACAUUUUUUGAAAAUUUGAGCAAACCUUAUGAGGUUGUCCUCUUUUCUAGAAAUUCCAGAGAAUGCACUUCCAAGACCAUUUGCAAUCAUAAAUAUUUCUGCAAAUUCAAUGCCAAUUUUUCUGGUUUACUGGAAAGCACCCUUAAGUUCUAGUAACUAACUCAAGUGUAUACAAAGUAAUGCAGUGUUGUUAGUUUUAUGAUAAAGGCACUUGCUUGUUAAAAGUAAGUGGCCAUAUUUUUGUCUUCAAGGCAGAGAUAUUAUAGAAAAUGAUAAAUGAAAAACAGUUUAUUGCAUUUAUGGCUAAUAACAGUAAGUUGUAUAUUAUUUAAGAUAACCCACCAACCUUCCAUCAGUUACUUAAUGUAAAAAUCAUAGACUUGGAAUCACUUUUAAAAAGGCUAAUUUGGACAUCUUAAGUUCUCAUCUUCUUUUAUUAGUGAUAUCAUUGAUUAAAAACUUUGCAAUAAGAGAUUUUCCAAAUUAAAGUCAUCAGUAUGUUAAUGUUGGCAAUCAUACAUGUGGCUACAGUACUAUCAAAUACUUCUUUUUCAAAGUUUUAUUAAUGUUUUGUGGAGCCAAGUGGUUUGAAAGCUGCUUCACUCUAAUAAGGAUCAAAAGUAGAUCAAGGUUUCAGUGACAUUUCCUUGUAUAAAAGUGUUUUUUUUUCUUUUUUCUAAUUGCUAGUGUUUUGAAGAAUUUAUUAACCAGAAACCUCCCUAGAGAUUUACAAAACUGAAUUAGAAAUUCUGCCUAUCCUAAAUUAGCUUAAUUGAACUUUGAACAGUCAGGCCAGGAUAUUAAUUUGUAAAUCUCAUAUAUUACUGAUCAGUGGCCAGGGAAAACAUUUUUUCUUAAAAAAUCAUUUCCUGAUGCACUUCAUUGAUAAAAGCAUUAUCUGACUUGACAACCAAGUCAACAAGGAGUGGAAUUCAUUGUUGAGUUUAUAACUUCUAUAUUUUAGGAAAGUUUCUUUAGUGUGUCAUCAAGUACACAUUUUCAAUGUUAACUGUACCCAGAUGCAAAUACAACUCUUUCACUGAGUUUGACAAAUCUAAAAUAUAGUUUGUGUGAAACCAAACUGGAUUUCCUGACAAGUGGUUUGUUAGUCAAUGUGGCAGUUUUCUUCUCAAUUAAUGAAAUUAAGGUAAGGACUGCAGCAGUAAUUAAUGCAUCAUUGAAUACAAUAAAUAGAACCAAGGUGUAAAGAAAAGUUCAGUUUUUGAGCUUGGCCUUCAGGCAAGCUGUAACUAUAUGAUGUACAUGUACAGCCCAAAAACUUUGCUCCUUUUCUUUAAGCCUUAUCUUACCAGUCUGGGCAAUCCAGUUAACAUUAAAUUAAAUAAACAUGAAUAAUUCCUCUGAACAGUACUUCUGAAAUUUGAAUUUUCUUGCAAAAUGUUUUGCAAAAACUGUCAUUUUCCUAUCAGGCAAGCAAGGGACAAAAUCCACUUGCCUGACGACAAAAUCCACAAGCCCUUGAUUAAUGGAGAAUAACUUUCUUGGCACAUUGAGAACAGAAUUAUGUAAAUGUGUGAACUAAAUAGAAAGUUUGUAAUGGAUUGUACAACUGAUUGUCUGAGGAAAUCCAGCAGUUUUUAUAAAAUAUAUUUUUGUAGUUCAAGUCACAUACUAAGUCUUUUCAGUAGAACUGUACUGUAUAAUCCUUAAUUAAAACUAAAUAUAUUACCUUACUGAAAAAGUUAUGAGAAUGGCAAACUACCAGUGGGUAAAGUUAGUGUAAGAAAAGAUUUUAUUAAAAAUGAUUAUAGAAAAAAGAUA